GGUGUGUGUGCGCGUGUGUAGCUGCAGCCUUUAACUGAGUCGGACCUCAGCGGGAUCGAGGACAGUCGUCUGCAGCGCGCGCCGCCGCCCCGCGCACAUCUGCAUCGGACACCGUUUACUCCGCAAGACCGUUUGGAUGGAAAGGAUUACUUUAAUAAACUGUCCGACAUCCAAAGCGACGUAGGCCGAAGACAUCGCACGUGGCCGCGCUCGAUCUUGCUUUUGUGUUUUUGUUUUAAUUCAUUGUUCUCAAGUCUCGAGAUCAUCGUAAAUCAAAAUCAUCAGACGAAAAUGAAGACCAGCAGAGACCGUUGGAGGGUGUACAAGAGGGCGAGUAUCAUGUUCUUCCUGGCUGUGGUGGCGCUGACUGUUGUCCAGAGAGGGAGCAUCAACACGGGGGCUCCCUUCGAACUCGAGCGUCAGGCUCGCAUGGAAGCAUCCGAGGGUGCCGAGCCUGGGGACAAAACUAACCCGAACCUGGGGGUGAAAAGCUUCUGGAAGGCUAGCAAACGCCACCCGCCGCCUAAGGCUCGGGCAAACACGCAGCCCCCCGAGACCACUGCGGUCGGCAGACCCACAGCCUGGGACGUCACCAGCUCCAACUGUAGCUCCAACCUCAACCUCACAAGCCAGGAAUGGUUCACGGGCCUGGAGGACAAUUUCAAGCAGUUCCUGCUUUAUCGACACUGCCGCUACUUUCCCAUGCUCCUCGACCACCCGGAGAAGUGCACAGGGGAUGUCUAUUUGCUCAUGGUAAUCAAAUCUGUGGCGACCCAGCAUGACCGGAGGGAGGUCAUCCGAAAAACCUGGGGCAAGGAGCAGCUGGUCGACGGCAAAAAGAUAAAGACCCUCUUCCUCCUUGGUAAACCCUCCAGCGAGGCAGAGGGGGUGCACCAUCAGAAGCUAGUGGAGUACGAGGACCACAUCUACAGGGACCUCCUCCAGUGGGACUUCCUGGACAGCUUUUUCAACCUCACCCUGAAGGAGACUCACUUCCUCAAGUGGUUCCACACGUACUGCCCCGGUGUGCGCUUUGUCUUCAAGGGAGACGAUGACGUCUUUGUGAGGGUGGAGAAUAUCCUUGAGUAUCUAGAAAGCACCAACGGGGCAAACAACCUGUUUGUGGGGGAUGUGAUUUUCAAGGCUAAACCCAUUCGCAAUAAGAGUAACAAAUACUACAUCCCCCAGGCUCUAUACAACAAGACGCUCUACCCUCCGUAUGCAGGUGGGGGGGGGUUUCUGAUGGAUGGCACCCUGGCACGGAGGCUUCACUGGGUGGCAGACUCCCUGGAGCUCUACCCCAUUGAUGACGUCUUCUUGGGCAUGUGUCUGGAGGUGCUGCAGGUCACUCCAAUAAAACACAACGCCUUUAAGACGUUCGGUUUGGUGAAAAAUAAGAACAGUAAGUUGAACAAAGAACCGUGUUUCUUUAAGAGCAUGAUCGUGGUGCACAAGCUGCUCCCGUCGGACCUCAUGCACAUGUGGAAUCUGGUCAACAGUGACCUCGUCUGCUCACAUAAAGUGAAGAUCCUAUAGCUUGACGGGAGCAGCAGGUGAAGACAGCAGCUACGAGCCGAGCUGUACCUUGUGGAUACUGUGACGCACGAGAGCCCCGGAAAACCCUCCUUCAUGUGGAGAGGGACUAUUGACAAUAUGUCAAAUUGCGAUUUCAAAUACAGUUUCUAAGCAGUAAAAGCAAUUUUUGGAAGAGUUUCCUCUAAAACAAGUGAAUAAUAUAGUUUUAAAAGGUUGUAGAAAUAUUUAUACUGUCAUUUUGAAGGACUGAUACUUUCAGGAAACAGAGACAACGAUCUAAGUUGAGCUUUUUGCAUCAACAGACAUGUUGACAAGGCGUUAAUUGUUGGGCGUGAUGUUUUUAAUGGGUUUAACCCUUAUCACAGUCAGACACACAGACCACACUUCUUAUCAUUCUCAUUCCUUAUGAUUGGAUACAGUUGAAGAAUUUCUUGGGUCAGGAACCAUGUGGCACAGUUCAAACACAAAUGAUAGAAAACCCGUUAAUGUGAAUACACCUCAAAAUAUAGGUUAAGAAAUGAUUAUGACCACUGGACAGAACCAUGAACAUGUAUUUGUAGAAUGAUGUGUUUUGAGCCACUGCACAAGUCAUUUUUAGCUUUUUGGGUUUGGCCAAAGAGUUACUGAUAUCUUUCCUUCUACUUUAAGUGUAACAAGGAUACCAAAGUCGUUACAUGCAGCUUGGGGAGGUAGGAUGUGACCCCCCCCCUUUUGGUAUCGUAGUCUUUGCACAUUUUUUGGGGUUGGAGGGGGGUGUGAUGGAUGUCUACCACUCGUAGACUUCGAGUAGUACACUACUAGGGGAAAAAACAACUUGUGACAUGUCUGUGGAUUCGGAGAGUGUUUACAACGAUACUUUGAACUAAACCCUUUGCUGGUACGAAAAUAAGACAUUUUUAUUUAAUGCCCAAUUAAAGGGGGCACAUGUGGGAUGGGGUAUUUAAUUUAAACCAUCAGAUGAGCAUAUGAAUGGGAUGUUCAAUGAUUAUAGAGCGGAAUGUUGUGGGUGAUAACUAUGUCUAGAUAAUCAAUAUGUACAUCCAAUGUCUUUUGCAAAAUAAAACAUCUUAACACCACAUUUUCCCUUUCUGUCCCAGAUUUGGUGCUUUUAUCUAUAAUAAAUAUAACACAACUUCUU